AUGACUCAGUCAACUUCUCACCGUCGUUCUCCUUCUGUUCCCCAUAAGUCCAAGUCGUCUCGUCCAGGUCUACACCGGAGAGGCACAUCAACGGUCAACGUCUCCAUCUCUAAGCUGGGUGCUGGCUCUGGACAUACUCGGGGAGCCAAGGACGACGACGAAUUCGACAUGGCGGCCAGUUUUCUCAACUUCUGUGCCAUGUGCGAGAACCAAAUCACCGUCCCCAACAACUCCAUUCUCUACUGCAGUGAAAGCUGUCGCCGCAAAGACUCCUGUAAACCUCUUUCCGCCUCAAUGCCCUCAAUGACCAACAUGUCUUCCAUCACCACAACUCCUCCUCACUCUCCCCCUCUCUCCCCACGCACCAUCGUGGCCCCAAUGACGCCUACUCGGCCUAUUCCAGGCAUCAGGAUACCCGACUACAUGCAUGAUGGCAAGUCAGAUCUUGACCCCACCGAAUGGAAGCCAGUAUUACUGUCCACCCGGUCCUCCACCUCCCUGGCAUCCUCCGAUGCCUGGAACUACCUCUCCAAGUUCCACGGUGGCAAUGAGACCCUUCUAGCCCGCCGUGCGGCUCGCAGCACCGCCAGCCUCCCCGCUCUAGUCGGCGACGCCGGAGCAAACGGAGCCCACGUGCCAUCGUUGACGCACACCCCGUCCACCGUCGCCAGCUCUUUCAGCAGCGCGGCCUCCGAUGACCUCGGAAGUAUGUACGAGGUUGCGUCCGGACCGGCUCAGCGUCCUUUGCCGCCGCGUCACAACCCGUACUUCGGAAGUAUGACGGCUGCUCACAAGAGCAAGGGCGUUGACCUCGUUGUCCCUCACAUGGGUCAGGAUGAUGUUCCCGUGGAGGUUGUUGAUAGUGCCGAUGUCUGGGAGGAUGCGCAUGAGCGUACUCAGAAGACGGCGCCGAUUUCGAUGAUGCGUGGCGGCGGGUCCGCGCGUGUUCGUUCGGCUUGA